AUGCGCGCACGUGUUAGCAGUAGCAAGCGCAAAGUCCAAGAAUUUCUAUAUACAUGUAUAUAUCAGUUCAUCAAGGACUUCCCCAUCGUGUCCAUCGAGGAUCCCUUCGAUCACGAUCACUGGGAUGCCUGGACCAAUCUGACAUCCAACACCAAGAUACAGAUUGUCGGUGACGAUUUGACAGUCACAAACCCAAAACGCAUUGCCACCGCCGUUGAGAAGGGCGCCUGCAACUGUCUGCUGCUGAAGGUCAACCAGAUUGGAACAGUGACAGAGUCUAUUCAGGCUCAUCUGCUGGCCAAGAAGAAUGGCUGGGGAACUAUGGUCUCUCAUCGCUCCGGUGAAACCGAGGACUCCUUUAUUGGUGACCUUGUCGUUGGUCUUUCCACAGGCCAGAUCAAAACUGGCGCUCCCUGCCGCUCCGAGCGUUUGGCCAAAUAUAACCAAAUACUGCUUAUUGAGGAAGAGAUCGGCCAGGGCGUUAAAUUCGCCGGAAAGAGCUUCAGAAAACCACAAUAAAUAUCGUCACUUAUUAAUUCCAACAACACCAAGCACCCAAUCGAAUGAAAACCCACGGCGGCAAGCUAAGUGAGAGGUGUCAAUUUGGUGUACGUGUUCGUCAACCUUUACAUUUGUGUCUGGCGCACAAAGUAACCAAUUUAAAAAACCCAAAUAUUGCUUCGUUUUUAGACACUAUUAUUACUGUUACCAUCUAUCUCUACUCAUUAUUUAUAUACGUAUAUAUGGGCUACAAGUAGAUUUCUAAUCAGUCGUGACGGCUCUUUAGCCAAUAUCAUUGUGAAAAUUUUACAUAGAUUGACCUCUUCUCCCCACCAUUAUAACGUUGGUUGAGGAAUAAAAUGAAAUCAUCA